AUGAAGUUGGAUGUGGAGGUGAAGAUGAAGACGGAGAUGGAGAUGGUGAUGGAGAUCGAUAUGGACAUGAAGAUGAAAGUAGAGAUCGAGGUGGAUAUGGAGGUGAAAGUGGAGAUGGAUGUAGAUAGAGAUGGAAAUGGAAACGAAGACGGAGAUGGGAAAAUGAGAGAUGGUGGAGAAGUGGAGAUGGUUGAGGUGGUAGAGAUACUGGAGAUAGUGGAAAUAGUCGAGAUGGUGGAAAUGGAAAUGAAGUUGGAUGUGGAGAUGAAGAUGGACAUGGAGAUGGAGAUGGAGAAGGGGAUUAAGAGAGAAAUGGAGAUGGAAAGGGAGAUCGAGAUGGAUAUGAAGAUGGAAAUAGAGAUGGAGGUGGAUAUGGAGGUGAAAGUGGAGAUGGAUGUAAAUGGAGGUGAAAACAGAUACGGAGACGGAGAUGGGGGAUAUGGUGAUGAUGGUGGAGAUGUUGAAGAUGGUUAUCAUGGUAGAGAUGAUGGAGACUGUGGAGAUGGUACAGAUGAUAGAGAUGGUGGACAUAAAGAAGAUGGUGGAAAUAAAGAAGAUGGUGGAGAUAAAGAAAAUGGUGGAGAUGAUGGUGGAAAUGGUAGAGAUAGUGGAGAUGGUCGAGAUGAAAAUAAAGACAGAAAGGAAUAUGAAGUUGAAUGUAGAGGUGAGGAUGGAGAUGAAGAUAGAGAUGGAGAUGGAGAAGGAGAUGAGGAUGAAGAUGAAAAUGAAGAUGGAGUUGAUGAUGGAGAUUGA